AUGCCUGCCUGGGCCCUCCGCCUAUGGCCUCUCGCCGGCGGCAAGCGCGGCUCGUGCCGGACCCCGGGUGGAAACUAUGGAUCGUAUGAUGAGGUUUGGAGCGUGAAGGAGGCAGAGUGCCAGGCGCUGUGUGCAAAGUGGCUCGAGUGCGUCGCGAUUGACUUUCAGCUAUCGAGCGGGCCUUACACUCGCUGCAGGCUCCACAAGGAGGAAAUCAGCCACGUCGUCCCGAAUGGCCUCGAUACCUGUCGCCUCCGGCCCGGUCACGUCGCAUCCUUUCGCGGCUUCACCAAGAGCAGCGGUCACCUGCGCCGAGCCAAUUUCCGCGGGCUGGAUCUCCAGGCCUCGGCCUUUGACGGCGUGGACCUGAGCGGAGCGACGCUGGACGGCGCUGACCUCUCCGUCGCGACGCUGACCGACGCGAAGCUGGCUGGCGCCUCCUUGCGGCGCGCGCGGCUCCGGAAGGCGAAUCUGGCGAGGGCGGACCUCUCCGGCGCCGACCUGAGCGGGGCGGACUUGGCCGGCGCGGACCUGACGUCGGCGGUGCUGAGCGGCGCCUCCUUCCGCGGCGCGAGGCUGGUGGGCGCGGUCGUCAAGUUUGUGACGUCGGGCGAACGCUCUGUCUUCGACGGCGCAGACCUCCGCCGCGCCCAGGUCACGGACUGCACCUUUCCCAACUCUUCGUGGACGGGCGCCGACCUGCGCGCCGCCGCCAUGGAGGACAUGCGGCUGCACGGCGCUCUGGUCAGCGAGACGCGCCUCGACUCGUCGUCGCGGCUGAUCGACGUGCGCCUCCGCGACGCGACGAUCCGACACACGUCCUUCGCCGGCGUCAACCUGCAGGGGCCCUGCGACCUCUCCAACGCCUCGAUGGUGAACGUCUCUUUCCGCGGCGCGAACAUGCCCGAGGCGCGGCUGGCGCGCGCGGACGCGCGCGGCGUCGACUUCUCCGAGGCGCAGCUGGUGCUCGCCGACUUCAGCGGGGCGUCACUGCAGGGCGCCGUGUUCCGAGGAGCCGAGGUGACUGACGCGAGGUUCACGAGCGCCCAGCUGGACGCAACUGACUUUCGAGGCGCGCUGGGGAAGGACAAGGCCUCGUGGAAAGGCGCGAGCGGCCUCCCCUUCGGGGUGGACUUGCGCGUCGUCCAGAACCAGCCCGGCUGA